GAGGUAUAUCCUCCGCCGUGGAAGUUGGUGGUAUUCAACAGAGUGGAGUGAAGUGACGUGUAGUACGAUGGACGCGGCCAGCGGACUUCUGCUCGCACUUCAGAAACUAUGAGAAGAGUUGUGACCACAUCUUUGGAUAUAAGCGUUUGCCUUACAGUUCUACAGGCCCAUCUUUGGUUAAAACAAGUAUUUCGUCCAAGAGACAACAACAACAACAACACGGCGCUCAGCCGGCUAGCUCGUUAGCUAACAGGAACAGCCUCCGUCUGCUGUACCGAGUGACGCUAGCUAUCUGAAGUUUCUGUGGAUGUGUGCUGGAUAUUGUUUUAUCACAGGGGAGCGUGAAAGAUGAACAGCGCUGACGUAACGAAGGACUCACCUGACCGCCGCUGACGUGCUCCGACUGACACGGGAGAACCGUGCGAGUUAGCUUGCUAAUAUUAGCACGUCGUCUUGAGCUGGAGAGGUGUCGGAGCGAACUGUCAAAAUGAGCUCCCUGCUCCGGGGUGAGGAGAUGUGCCUGGCCCAGCUGUUUCUGCAGUCCGGGUCGGCAUACGACUGCAUCAGCGAGCUCGGAGAACUGGGACUCGUGGAGUUCAGAGACCUCAAUCCCAGUGUCACUGCAUUCCAGCGAAAACAUGUCAAUGAGAUCAAAAAGUGUGAGGAGAUGGAGAGGAUUCUUGGAUAUCUACUGAGGGAGGUCAAGAAAGCAGACAUUUCACUACCGGAAAGAGACGUGAAUCCAGUGGCUCCUUUACCCAAGCACGUCAUGGCUAUAAUGGAGCAGCUGCAGAGGCUUGAAGUGGAGUUGGGUGAAGUCACCAGGAAUAAAGAGAAGCUGCAGAGGAACUUACUGGAGCUGACAGAGUACACGCACAUGCUGCGGAUCACCCGCAACUUUGUACAGAGAGCUGCCGAGCGAGAGCCCCUACAGGUUCAGUAUGAGGAGUUUCCCUUCCUAGAAAAAGAGACAGUGAUGGACUACAGCAGCAUGCAGAGGCUCGGAGCCAAACUGGGUUUCAUCUCUGGGCUCAUUCAAAGAGUGAAGAUCGAGGCCUUCGAGCGGAUGCUUUGGAGGGUUUGUAAAGGCUACACCAUCCUCAGCUAUGCCGAGGUUGAGGAGUAUCUGGAAAAUCCUGACACGGGCGAGCCGACCAAAUGCGUGGUGUUUCUGAUCUCUUACUGGGGAGACCAAAUUGGCCAAAAAGUGAAGAAGAUCUGUGACUGCUACCACUGUCACGUGUACCCGUAUCCCAGCAGCAACGAGGAGAGGAAUGAUGUUGUGGAAGGACUCAGAACUCGCAUCCAGGACCUGCACACGGUACUCAACAGGACAGAGGACUACCUGAGACAGGUCCUGAUAAAGGCUUCAGAAUCCGUCUACACCUGGGUCAUCCAGGUCAAGAAGAUGAAGGCCAUCUACUACAUUCUGAACCUGUGUAGCUUUGACGUUACUAACAAGUGUCUGAUCGCCGAGGUGUGGUGUCCCGUCACUGAUAUUCCCACGCUGCGGAGGGCCCUAGAAGAAGGAUCGAGGAAAAGUGGAGCGACCGUUCCUUCCUUUGUCAAUCGUAUCCCCACCAGCGACACUCCCCCCACCCUGAUCAGGACCAACAAGUUUACCUCUGGCUUCCAGAACAUUGUGGAUGCCUACGGAGUGGGCAGCUACAGGGAGGUCAACCCUGCUCCUUUCACAAUCAUCACGUUCCCAUUCCUGUUCGCUGUGAUGUUUGGGGACCUGGGCCACGGAGUCAUCAUGGCUCUGUUUGCGGCGUGGAUGGUGCUGUGCGAGAACAACCGCAAACUUAAAAACACAAGAAAUGAGAUCUGGAACACGUUCUUUGAGGGGCGUUAUAUCAUCCUGAUGAUGGGACUGUUCUCCAUCUACACUGGCCUGAUAUACAACGACUGUUUCUCAAAGUCACUUAACAUCUUUGGUUCUGGCUGGAGUGUGAAGGCCAUGGGGUGGAAGAAAGAGGAUAUGCAUGAGAAUCGUUUUCUCACUCUGGAUCCAAAUGUUACUGGAGUUUUCAAAGGACCGUAUCCUCUGGGAAUUGACCCGAUUUGGAACUUGGCAUCCAACCGCCUCACAUUUCUGAACUCCUAUAAGAUGAAGAUGUCCGUGAUAUUGGGCAUCAUACACAUGAGCUUCGGAGUCGUCCUCAGCACUUAUAAUUACCUGCACUUUAGGAAGAAGUACAACCUGUACUUGGUGUUUCUUCCUGAGCUCCUGUUCCUGCUGUGUCUGUUUGGCUACCUGGUGUUUAUGAUACUGUACAAGUGGCUUGCCUUCUCUGCAAAGGACUCCAGAAACGCCCCGAGCAUCCUCAUCCACUUCAUAAACAUGUUCCUCAUGCAGGGGGAUGGAUUGCAGCCCCUCUAUCCAGGCCAGACUGGCCUGCAGAUAUUUUUGGUGGUCAUUGCCGUUCUUUCAGUGCCUGUCCUCCUCCUGGGGAAACCAGUCUACCUUUAUUGGCUUCACAACGGAAGCCACCGCCUUGGACUGUACAGGGGAUACGAGCGUGUGCGGCGUAAUAGUGAAGAGGAACUCUACCUGAUGAGGGCUCACGACAUGGAGGAGGGCAGCAGUCACAGUGAUCUCUCCUCCAGCGGAGAGAACACGACAGAGGAGUUUGACUUUGCAGAUGAGCUUCUGCAUCAGGCCAUCCACACUAUAGAGUACUGCCUGGGUUGUGUCUCCAACACAGCGUCUUACCUGAGGCUCUGGGCUCUGAGCCUGGCACAUGCCCAGCUGUCCGAGGUGCUGUGGGCCAUGGUGAUGCGAGUGGGGCUACGGAUGGACUCCAGUCUGGGGGUUUUGUUCCUGGUACCCGUGUUUGGCCUGUUCGCCGUUCUCACUGUGUCCAUCCUCCUGGUGAUGGAGGGGCUGUCUGCAUUCCUUCAUGCCCUCCGGCUGCACUGGGUGGAGUUUCAGAAUAAAUUCUACGGUGGGACUGGAGUCAAGUUCUGCCCGUUUGCCUUCUCCCUCCUGCCCUCCAGCUUCGAACACGACGGCUUACUGUGAAGAGACUUAUCUUGAAACACUGUUUGGCGCUAGUUGAUGUUAAACGGAGCCACAACGAGCCGGCAGGGUUUCAUGCUUAGAAAACACAUAUUCCAGAGAUGUCAUGAGGCGAUUUUUUUGAUUUCUUUUUAGUCUUUUUAACAAUUUGUUGUGUAAAGAGCUUCAGCCAACGUUGGACUGGAACACACUGCCCUCCCAACAGUCUCAAGAACACAAACGGAGUGUACUUUCUAAGAAACACGUGUGUAUAAAAAGGUUUUUUGUACGAGAAUCUGUCCGCGUCACUGCAGAACAUUUUGUGAGCAGCUGUUGACGUCGCCUGUACGGAGAACCACAUCGACCAAACGUUUAAAACGAUUAGAAAAACGUGCUUGUAGUUUGAGAUGACAGUUGACGCUUGUCGUCUCGUUCGUGGGAUGAUGCUGCUCAAAUAUUAUUCUUUCCUUUUUAAGAAUAAUAUUUAAGAAAACAAAUCUGUAUUUAUUGUUUUUCUGUUUCCCUCCAUUUCUUCUCUUCUGUAUUAGUUAUUUUUUUGGCAUUAAUUGAGGCAUAAUUGUAAAUUUUCCAGCAUUUGAUGAGUUUCAGUUUUGGCAGGUGUGGUUUCCAGACAACUGUCAGGGUUUCGGGUUUGCUCCACUUUUCUGUUGCACUGACUGCCUUACAGAAGUACAACCAAAUGACAGCAGACUGUACGACUUCCCUUCGUUUCCCUUUUUCCCCCCCAAACAAAAAAAAAAACAAAGAAACACUGCAAAAGGAUCUUUUGGCUUUUCAGUCUUGAGAAGUGCUCAGGCGGGUGUGUAAUGAGGUGUAAAUACUUUUACAGAAUUAUUUUUUAAUUUAUUAUAUUUUAAAUGUUCCUCUCUGAAUUAAAUAUGAAUGUUGAUGGGAUAUGAUUUGUACAUGCAUUCACAGUGUUGCCUACGCGUCUGCCACUUUCUGAACCGUUUAACAUUCCACGCAUGGAGAACUUUAACCACCCGUUCUGUCGACCCGGCUCAGCUGGUCGGGAGCCGUGACAUCCGUGUUCGACACCGCGGCUCGACUGUAUUAUUAGACGAAGAUUUAACGAUGUACUAAUAUCGGCCAUUAGAAAGUAUUUGCUAAUUUAGUGGAUGUGUUAAUAUUGUGAGGAACAGGGUUGUUUUUCUGAUGAGAGGAGACUUUAAAGGCGUCAUUGUCACGUUUAUUGAGAUGUCUGCACUUUUUCACCGGCCACAGUUUGCUUCAGUGAGAAACUGCCACAGAUAACGGAGUCAAAUCUUCGACGUUUCAGGUGGCGGUCACUGUUUUUUCUGGAGCAAGUGAAGUAUGAUCAGCAGUUACUUGCCAUUAGUUGACGUUUUAUGGCUUUGGUUGGUUGAAGGGGUGUUGAGAUUUCCUCUGACGCGGCCCUUCUUCUCCCGCUUUUGAUCUUAAUAUGAAGAACUGUAUUUUUUCAUUGACAAACACUCCAUGCUCUAAUUCUUUUGAGAAAAUCAUCCUUAUGUCAAAAAUAAAUUGUAUUUUUGUUUGAGUUGUUCUUAA